ACUUGUUGAUCCACUUGCUGCCUGCUCUGCGACACACCCAUGUUGUCUCCUUGUUGCGGUCCAUGAUCAAGGACAUCAGAUGGGUAAUGAUGGCCAAAUUAAGGUGAUUGGUAUGGGAACAAUUUGCUUGCAAACCAACAAUGGCACAAAGUUGGUAGUUAAGGAUGUCAAGCAUUCACCCGAUAUCCGACUCAAUCUUAUUUCUAUGGGAAAGCUAGAUGAUGAUGGUUAUUGUAGUUUUUUUAGUGAUGGGCAGUGGAAACUAACUAAAGGUUCCCUUGUUGUAGCUCGAGGCUCCAAGUCUUCCAACUUAUAUUUGAUGCAGAGUUUCAUUGUUGAUGGCUCUGUUAAUGUAGUUGGGAAAGAUGAAUCAUCAGAGUUAUGGCACAAGAGGCUUAGCCAUAUGAGUGUAAAGGGGAUAGAUUGUUUGAUCAAGAAGAAUGUGCUUUCUGGAUUAAAGGAAGAAAAGUUGGAACAAUGUGUUCAUUGCUUGGCUGGGAAACAAAAAAGAGUUUCUUUCAAAAACCAUCCUCCUUCAAGAAAGCCAGAUUUGCUAGAGCUUGUGCAUUUUGAUGUGUGUGGACCUUUGAAGGUGAGGUCACAUGGUGGUGCACUUUAUUUUGUCACCUUUAUUGAUGAUUAUUCAAUGAAGCUCUGGGUUUAUCCUUUGAAGACCAAAGAUCAAGCUCUUGGUGUAUUGAAGCAAUUUCAAGCCUUGGUUGAAAGACAAACAGGCAAGAAAUUGAAGUGCAUUCGUACAGACAAUGGUGGUGAAUAUUCUAGACCAUUUGAUAACUAUUGUAAGGAGCAAGAAGCUUUUAAUACAAUGGUGCAUCUUAUCAAUUUGUCUCCCACUAUUGCUUUGGAUAAUGAUGUUCUUGAUAGAGUUUGGUAUGGCAAGGAUGUUUUUUAUGAUCACUUGCGGGUUUUUGGAUGUAAAGCAUUUGUGCAUGUCCCUAAGGACGAGAGGUCAAAGCUGGAUGCUAAAACCAAGCAGUAUAUCUUCAUUGGUUAUGGUCAAGAUGAAUUUGGCUAUUGGUUGUAUGAUCCAGUUGAAAAGAAACUAGUCAGAAGUCGUGAUGUAGUAUUCUUUGAGGACCAAACUAUUGAAGAUAUUGACAAGGCAAAGAAGACAAGUCUUCAAAGCAAUGAAAGUUCUGUUGAUUCUAGGCUAGCUGUUGAGACUAUGGUGCCAAAUGCAGUUGAAAAUCAUUCUCAAAAUGAUGAAGAUGUUCUUAUAGAGGUCUCGGUAUAUCCACUCAGAAAAUCUAGCAGGGAAAGGAGACCCUCAUCUCGUUAUCCUCUUAGUGAGUAUGUACUUGUCACUAACUGGGGAGAACUUGAAAGUUAUCAAGAAGCCAUGGAAAGUGAGCAAAAAAUGGAGUGGCUUGAAGCCAUGAAGGAUGAGAUGAAAUCUUUGCUUGGUAAUCAUACCUUUGAUUUGGUUAAGUUGCCAGAAUAUAGGAAAGCUUUCAAGAAUCGGUGGGUUUAUAGGGUGAAACAUGAAGAUGGCACCUUGGGUCCAUGGUACAAAGCUAGACUUGUUUUUAAGGGCUUUAGUCAGAAAAAGGGUGUUGAUUUUAGUGAGAUCUUCUCUCCGAUUGUUAAAAUGUCUUCAAUCAAAGUUGUGUUGGGUUUAGCAGCAUGUCUUGAUUUGGAGGUUGAACAAAUGGAUGUGAAGACUGCUUUUCUCCAUGGUGAUUUAGAUGAGGAGAUUUAUAUGGAGCAACCAGAAGGUUUCAAAGUUAAAGGCAAAGAGGAUUUUGUGCGCAAAUUGAAAAAGAGCUUGUAUGGCCUGAAACAAGCUCCCAGGCAAUGGUCAAAGCAUAUUGAUGUUAGAUACCAUUGGAUUAGAGAUGUCCUAGAUUCUAAGUUGCUUGAACUUCAGAAAAUUCACAUGGAUGAGAAUGGGUCGGAUAUGAUGACCAAAGCUUUGCCAAGAGGGAAGUUUGAGGCAUGUUGCUUGAUCGCUGGAAUGGUUGAGGGAGAGAUAAAGCCAUGUAUGAUUAGAAAACUAUAUUCCAACCCCAUUCUCUUUGCUGUUCUUGUUAUUGCUCUAGCUUCAGCCAUUGCUCUCUCCAAGGUCUCCAAAGGCCUUUCAUGGUCUUAUCUCUCAUCUCCCUGGACCUGGGCCACCACUCCCGGUGGUUCCAUUUCUUCUUCUCCUUCAUCCCAUGCCAUCGACAAGAGGAAGUGGUUGUUGAAGGAAUUCAUAAACCUAGAACGGAUCUUUGAGGAAGCAUCUGUUUUGAGAGAAAGCACCACAUCAGAUCAUCCAGAUUCGGAUUAUGUUCCCAAAGGAGAAGUUUAUAGGAAUGCUCCUGCACUUCGUCGGAGUUACAUGUUAAUGGAGAAGAUGUUUAAGAUCUUUGUGUAUGAAGAGGGGGAGCCACCUUUAUUUCAUUAUGGUCCUUGCAAGAACAUAUACUCUAUGGAAGGACUGUUCUUUGGCUUCAUGGAAUAGGAUAAGCUAUAUCGAACAUGGGAUCCUGGUGAAGCCCAUGUUUAUUUCCUUCCCUUUAGUAUUGUAAUGAUAGUUGAAUACCUUUUCCAUCCAAUUAUCUGUGACAAAGCAGUUCUUGGGCAUACUGUUGUUCACUAUGUGCGCAUCAUAUCUAACAAGUAUCCCUAUUGGAACAGAAGUGUUCGAGUUGAUCAUUUUAUGCUUUCCUGCCAUGACUAGGUAAAAUUCAUCUGAGUUAUACUACUUUGUUACUAAGAUUUUAAUUUUUCUGGUUUAAUGUGAAUGUAAUUUUAGUUAACUGAUUAUUUCUUGACGGUUAUGGGGGCCACAGGCAACCUGGUACAUGCGUGAACUCGUCUGCAAUUCUGUCCGAGUACUAUGCAAUGCAAAUUCUUCAGAGUAUUUUAAUCCAAAGAAAGAUGCAUCGUUUCUUGAAAUAAAUCUAAUAACAGGAG